CAAUUUAUAUCGAAACAGCUGACUGCGGGCGAAAGCUGUGAAAAUGUUGGAAACAAUGCUGUGGAAGUAGAAAAAAAUUGAGAAAUUCGGUGAAAAACAAUCAAAAACGAGUAUUUCUUUAAUUAAUUUAAUGUUUAAGUGCAUGGCCAGUUAACUGUAUAGUAGUAUGGAUAUGGCGAGAAGCAUUUUUGGCCGCGACCACGAGGGUUACGUGGGCCGUGAAGAACAUACGCGCAAACUACAGACCUUGAGUUCCGAAGACGAUAUUGGUGAACUACCGCCCAUGAUGGAGGAACUUAGCGUUGCCGACGGCUUGCGACCGAAUCCUGGCGGCCCUUUCUCGGCAUUGACGCCCUCCAUGUGGCCACAAGAGAUUUUGGCUAAGUUGGGUGGUGAGUCAGAAAUGGCAGCAGCGGGACCCAACGAUCAGCCCGAUUAUCGCUUCGAUGAAUUCGGUUUUCGCGUGGAGGAGGAAGAUGGACCCGAACAGAGCUCCAAUAAAUUGCUCAGCAUUCCCUUCAUGGAGGAUCCACAACAGCGAUUGCAAUGGAUAGCACACUUGGAGUUCGCGCACAACAAAGAGGCAAACGAACUCAGUUGGGAGCACGUUGAACUGCUGCUGCAGCGCACUGAGAAGCUGCGCAAAAUGGUACAGAAUGGCAUACCACACAGUCUGCGUCCACAAAUGUGGAUGCGUCUGUCUGGAGCGCUCUCGAAAAAGCAAAAAAGUGAAACUAGCUACCAAGACAUUGUUAAAGCUUCCAGCAACGAUCAGUUGAUGACAUCCAAGCAAAUCGAAAAGGAUCUGUUGCGCAUCUUGCCCACAAAUGCAUGCUUCAGCCAUCCAAAUGGCACUGGCAUUCCACGACUGCGUCGCAUUUUACGCGGCAUUGCGUGGCUCUUCCCCGACAUUGGUUAUUGCCAAGGCACAGGUGUCAUUGUCGCGUGCCUGUUGCUCUUCAUGGAGGAAGAGAAUGCAUUCUGGAUGAUGGUCACUAUUGUGGAGGAUCUGUUGCCAGCCUCAUACUACAGCUCAACAUUGCUUGGCAUUCAGGCCGAUCAGCGUGUAAUGCAAACGCUGAUAGCCAACUAUUUGGCCAGCGUGGAUGAAUCGCUCAAGAGGCACGACAUUGAUUUGUCGCUAAUAACACUGCAUUGGUUCCUCACCCUGUUCGCCAAUGUGGUACAUAUGAAGAUCCUCGUGCGCAUUUGGGAUUGGUUCUUCUACGAGGGAUCUAUAGUGCUCUUCCAGCUAACACUUGGCAUGUUGAAAGUUAAGGAACAGGACCUGAAGCACUUGGAGAAUUCGGCGCAAAUAUUCAAUUCCCUAUCCAUGUGCUGCGAAGUAGACGAUGUUGAGGUGCUCUUCCACCAAGCGCUCGAAGUGGGCGGCUCCCUGAGCCAAACCGUCAUCGACACGCAUCGACGUCGCCACUUGGCCUAUUUGAUGGCUGAUCAGGGACAUCAAAUUGGCAAUCCGGAGGCAGCAGCCAAUCUGCCAAAACAGCAGCUGGCACGACGUCAAGUACGCAAAAGUAAAUCCAUACUGGAGGCAUUCUUGUUUCGCAGUGAUCCCGAGGCGGAACAGCUAAAGAACAAGAACAUUCGCCAGACCGAAAUACUUGUGGAUUUACGUGAGGCCAUACUAAAGGUUGGCCGUCAUUUUAUUACCAUAGAACCAAAAUUGGCUGGACACAUACAACUAACAGCCAACUACAGCAGCGAAUCUCAUGCCAAGGAUCACGAGAACUUCAUUAAUGUGGCACGAACGCGCAAACGACGUGCCAAAGCACUGCACGACUUUGAGCGGCAUGAUGAUGACGAGCUGGGCUUCAGGCGCAACGAUAUCAUUACCAUCAUUAGCCAAAAGGAUGAGCAUUGCUGGGUGGGUGAGCUGAACGGUUUGCGGGGCUGGUUUCCUGCAAAGUUUGUGCAGUUGCUGGACGAGCGCAGCAAACUGUAUACGUCGGCUGGAGAUGAUGCGAUAUCGGAAACGGUCACAGAUCUCGUACGCGGCACACUAGCGCCAGCAAUUAAAGCCUUCCUUGAGCAUGGCAUGAAACGACCAUCAUUCCUAGGCGGACCCAUACAUCCGUGGCUAUUUAUUGAAGAGGUUUCCUCGCUGGAGGUGGAAAAGGACUUCAAGUCGGUGUAUAGUCGAUUAGUGCUGUGUAAAACUUAUCGCCUCGAUGAGGAUGGCAAGGUGUUGACGCCGGAGGAGCUGCUGUAUCGCUGCGUGCAAGCCAUUAAUCAAACACACGACAAUGCGCAUGCCCAAAUGGAUGUAAAGCUGCGUUCGCUUAUCUGCCUGGGCCUUAACGAACAGGUGCUGCAUCUGUGGCUCGAAGUGCUCUGCGCCUGCCAGGAAGUGGUCCAGAAGUGGUAUCACAGCUGGAGCUUCAUUGAUUCACCUGGCUGGGUGCAAAUCAAGUGCGAAUUGCGCAUACUCUCACAGUUUGCCUUCAAUUUGAAUCCGGACUGGGAGUUGCCACCUAAACGCGGCAAGGAAUCCCAACCAUUGAAAGAUGGUGUACGCGACAUGCUGGUGAAGCAUCAUUUGUUCUCCUGGGACCUAUGAGUCGAUCGUAAGAGGGGCUGGAUUACGAGUUGAGA